AUGUCUUCUUUAAGUGGCAAAGUCCAAACAGUUUUGGGACUCCUGGAGCCAAGCCAACUGGGCCGCACCCUGACCCACGAGCAUUUGACAAUGACCUUUGACUGCUGUUACUACCCACCCCCUGCAACUCACAAAGCUAUCUCUAAGGAACCUAUUGUGAUGAAAAAUUUGUUUUGGAUUCGCAAAAACCCGUACUCCCAUAAAGAGAAUCUUCAGUUGAAUCAGGAGACAGAAGCCAUUAAAGAAGAACUGUUGUAUUUUAAAGCCAGCGGCGGAGGGGCGGUGGUGGAGAACACCACCACGGGGAUUUGCCGGGACGUGCAGACUUUGAAGUGGCUCGCUGAGGAGACUGGUGUCCACAUCGUAGCAGGCGCUGGGUUUUAUGUGGAUGCGACUCACUCUUCAGAGACCAGAGCCAUGUCAGUGGAGCAGCUUACUGAUGUUCUCAUUAAUGAAAUUCUCCAUGGAGCAGAUGGCACCAGCAUCAAGUGUGGUGUUAUUGGAGAAAUUGGUUGCUCCUGGCCUCUGACUGAGAGCGAAAGAAAGGUACUUCAUGCAACUGCUCAUGCCCAGGCCCAGCUUGGCUGUCCUGUUAUCAUUCAUCCUGGAAAGAAUCCAAAUGCACCCUUUCAGAUUAUCCGAAUAUUACAAGAAGUGGGUAUGGACAUCUCCAAAACAGUUAUGUCGCAUCUUGAUAGGACUAUACUUGACAAGAAAGAACUACUGGAGUUUGCUCAACUUGGCUGUUACUUGGAAUAUGAUCUCUUUGGUAAUGAACUCCUUAAUUACCAAUUGAACCCAGAUAUUGACAUGCCCGAUGAUAAUAAAAGAAUUAGAAGGGUGCGUCUUCUGGUGGAUGAAGGCUAUGAAGACCGAAUUCUGAUGGCCCAUGACAUACACACAAAGCAUCGGCUGAUGAAAUAUGGAGGCCAUGGCUAUUCUCAUAUACUCACCAACAUUGUUCCUAAAAUGUUGCUUAGAGGUAUCACCCAGGAUGCACUUGAUAAGAUAUUAAUAGAGAACCCUCGACAAUGGCUAACUUUCCGAUAA